GUUCCACGUGGUGCUGUUGGUUCGCGCUGCUCGGUGCCUUUCGUAUUUUGUUUUUUCUCGUUGCUCAAUCGUGGUUUGCGCGUAAAAUUAUCGCCAGGUGACCAAACAAGCCUCGACUGGCCAAAACAACGUCAAUCAAGUGAGGCUUGCAUCGUUUAUUGCGAUUGCCCAAGCCGGUACAAGAAUAGAAAUGGCGGUCCGCGUGGUGCCGACAAUGCGUUUGGCCAUUGUUCUGACGUGCCCGACGAACAGUUUCGGCGUCACUUUCGCCUGGCUAAAGAGACAAUGUUGCGGUUGUGCGACGACGCUGCCUACGAAAUGAGGGGCUGGCGGCCAACUGCGGUCUCGGUGGAGCGGCGGGUAUUGUGCGCCCCGCGUUUCUUCGCCUCCGGGUCAGGUGUUCUGUGACGGCGCGUCCUUCCAGUCGUUGGUGGCCCGCGACGUGUGGCUCGAGCAGUCGUGAAUGCCAAGACCCGCAACAAGUGGGUUCACUUCCCGACGAUGCCGAAGGAGAAGGCGGCCGUGAAGGAGAGAUUCCUCCGACUAGGACCUGCCAGGCGGCCUUCUGGUUCCGGGUAUUUCGCCCGAACACGGCAUGCGGAUCCUCGCCGUGGACCCGCUGCGACCAGGGUUGGACCAUGGCAGCCACAAGUGGGGCACAACGUGCGUCCGCGAACGUUUCGAAGAGGGCCGCAUUUACACGACUGCUGACAGUGGCUACCUCCACGAGCCUUGGCUUAUGGUCCCAGUGCAAGGUCGUCCUCACAGCGAUACUGCAGAAGGCAAGUACAACUCGGCCUACGUCUUAAUGUGUUCCAUAGUGGAGCGUAAUACAAGGCUACAUAAGAGCCGCUUUCACUGUUUUCAGCAGUUCCGAACCCUGCUUCAACUCACCGUAACGUUCUUCAAGCAUUGUUGCUGCAUUUGCAGUGUUGCACAACCUUUGUAUUGAAGAAGGUGACAUAGGUGUUGUAGAUUUCAGCGACGGCAGUGGUGAUGAGAGCGGUAAGCAUGACAGCUUUAUUGAUGAUGACCCCCAACCUCGGUUUCGAUGGGAGUGGUCAUCACUCUCUGUGUACUUGUGUGAGCAAGCUGUCUGCAACGACGUU